UUGAACUAAUAACACGUUAUUCAGUGCCGUCUUGCUUAUCAGUGCGUUUUGUUUGUGUUUUACUGUAUUAGAUACAACCGCUGUAAAUUUACUUAUAGAUAUUUUAUUUUUUCUCUAAAAUGGAUUCUAACGAAAAACUCGAUUCAAUAUUAAAUUCAAUAAAUGAAAUGAAAAUUACUCAAAAUAAGUUAAUUAACACUGUAAACUUUAUCCGUGAUGAAAAAAAAAAACAAGACAAGCAGUUCGGGGAUAUUGAGUUCAGAGGAGGUGGUGUUCUAAUUGCGAUCAAAAGUCACUUUCAGUCAUACCGCGUCCUACUUCAAGAUAAUAAAAUUGAACAAUUAUACAUAAAAUUAUCAAUAGGCUCAUUAAUAUUACUAAUUGGCACUCUAUAUAUACCACCUCAGUCAGAUAUUAAUGUUUAUAAUUUACAUACAGAUACUGUUAAUAAUUUAUUAAGUCAAUAUUGUAAUGCUAAAAUUAUUCUAUUAGGAGAUUAUAAUCUUCCUGGUCUACAAUGGCAUAUUGUUAAUAACCAUAUUAUCCCUCACUCACUUAAGUAUACAAAUUUAGAAACAAAUGUAUUAGCAAAUUUUUCAUAUCUCAAUCUUCAACAAUUCAAUAUAAUUAAAAAUCGUAAGAAUUCUAUACUUGAUUUAAUUCUGUCAAAUUCAACCGAUGUUUUAGUUUCACGUGAGACUGAUACGUUAUUACCAAUCGAUUAUAUGUAUCACCCGGCUCUACUUAUUACCUUCCCUAUUAAUGAAAACUUUAUUCCCUUACAAUAUAAUGAAUUUAAAUAUGAUUUUUCUGUAUGUAAUUUUAAUGUUAUUAAGUCACAAAUUGCAUCCAUUGAUUGGCCAAUAGUUUUCAAAAACCAAUGUAUAAACAAUGCUGUCUCUCGUUUCUAUAAUAUUAUUUUUGAAAUUAUUGAUAAAAAUUGUACAAAAAGAAAGGUAUAUAUAAGUAAAUACCCAGUUUGGUUUAGCUCUGUAUUGAGGGACUUAAUUUUUAAAAAGAAAAUUGCUCACAAAUUAUAUAAACAAUCUCCUUUUCAAAUUAAUUAUAAUAUUUUUUCUAAUCUUCGUGCCCAAUGUAAAUUUCAGUCCAAGGUGGAUUAUAGUAAAUAUUUAACAGAUACACAAAACUCUUUAUUGUCAAAUCCUAAACAGUUUUGGAAAUUUUUAAGUAAUAAACGCUCAAACAAUUCACUACCUACUUCUAUGACUUAUGAAAAUCAGUCUAUAUGUGGUGGUGAGGAAAUAGUUAGUAGUUUUGCACAUUAUUUUUCUAAUGUCUAUGUCACUUCAGACACAUUCACAACAGAUUCUUUUACAUUUCCCUCGGCUUUAACCUCAGAUUUAAACUUAUUUUCUGUAGUCUUAAAUAUAACUGAUGUUUUAAAUGAACUUGAUACAAUUACUUAUAAAUCUAAUCCGGGCCCUGAUAUGAUUCCCAGUAUUUUCUUUUCAAACUGCAAAUUCGUAUUAACUAUUCCAUUAUUGUAUUUAUAUAACCUAUCUCUAUCUACUGGUACUUUUCCAACCGUUUGGAAAACAAGUUUUGUUACACCAAUAUCAAAGGGUGGUGAUAUAUCAAGUGUAACAAAUUAUCGUCCAAUCAGCCUACUUUCAAUAAUUCCAAAAAUCUUUGAAUCAAUUAUAUCAAAAAAAAUAACUCCUUUGCUAUCUCAAUUAGUUUGUGAAGACCAACAUGGUUUUUUAAGUGGUAGAUCAACAACUACAAAUCAUUUAAUCUUCCAUAAAUUAAUAUUAGACGCCUUUGCUUCUAGAUCCCAAGUCGACGUUAUUUAUACAGAUUUUUCUAAAGCGUUUGACAAGGUAAACCAUUCAAUACUCAUAUCUAAACUUCAUAACAUAGGUAUUCAGGACCCAUUUUUGUCUUGGAUUUCAUCAUAUAUAUCAAAUAGGAAACAAAUUAUAAAGUAUAAAAAUUACAAAUCUAAUCCUUUCGUUGUAACAUCCGGUGUACCUCAGGGCUCUCACUUAGCUCCUUUAUUAUUCCUAUUAUUUAUUAAUGAUUUAAAUUUUUUACAUUCAAGAAAACUUCUUUUUGCCGAUGACUUGAAAGUAUUUCGACAAAUAAAUUCUCUCAACGAUACAAUUUUAUUACAAAAUGAUUUGAAUAUAUUGUUGGAUUGGUGUUCUAUUAAUAAACUACCGUUGAAUAUUGAUAAAUGUAAAAUUAUAUCUUUUACUAGAUCUCGGGAUCCAUUUAUAGUAUCUUAUAAUAUAAGUCUUUCUCCUUUGUCUCGUGUUCAUGAUAUUAGUGAUUUAGGUGUAAUUUUUGAUUCUGCUCUCACAUUUAAUAAACACUUAUUACAUACGGUUAGGAAAGCCUCUAUGAUUUUAGGCUUCAUUACUAGAAAUUGUAAGGAUUUCACUAAUCCUGCUGUUUUUAAAACAUUAUACACUAGUUUAGUCCGUUCAAAAUUAGAAUAUAAUACUGUUGUUUGGUCGCCUUACUUAAAUUAUCAAAGUCAAUGUUUAGAUAAUAUUCAAAACCGUUUCCUACGAUUUAUGGCCUUCAAAUGUAAUUUAAAUCGUAUGCCUCAUUCUCCUUAUGAACCACUAUUACGUUAUUUUGAUAUUGGUAGUUUAUCUGAACGAAGAAAAAUAUUUGAUAUGAAAUUCUUAUUUAAGCUCGUCAUAGGUUACAUCAAUUGCCCUGAAAUUUUAGGUUUUCUUAAUUUUUAUGUCCCUCAGUGCAGAACUAGAUCAACCACUAUGUUUUAUAUUUAUACACAUAAAACAAAUUAUAUGUCUGCUUCUCCUAUGAAUAGGAUAAUGUCAAUAGCAAAUGAUUUAAACAUUGAAUUAUUUAGUUUUAAUUCCAUUGAAUUAUUUAACAAUUAUGUAAACAAAAUUUGUUGUAUUUAAAUAUGUAGUACUGCUUAUUAUUAUUUAUUAUUGUAUUAUUACCUACUGUAUUAUUAUAUUAUAUUCGUGUAUUAUUAUUGUAUUC